AUCCCGCCCUUCGCACUGAUUGGCGGAUGGGCGUCUUCCGUCCGGGCAUUGGGCUGCUCUGGGUCAGUCGCUCUCUAUGGUUCCAUUUCUCCAGAAGAAGAAGAAGCAGAGGCGGGCUGGAUUCGCUCUCGGGGCCCGGGAGGAGCGAAGAACUGCAGAGAUGACUUCUGCCAUCUUAUCUUCCUCCUUCCAGCUUCCUCAAGGGGACAAGUAUAUUUAUUACAUCCUGAUGGAAAAUCUACCCUAUGGCAGCAAGUUAUUUCUUGCGGGGAGCAUGUGCUACAUCAAAGAGCAGACGUACCUGCGCUACAUUGGAACGGACAUGUCUUCUACCCGCUUUUGGAGAUUCUUCAUGGUCGAGGAUGGCUCUGCGGCCACGGUGGAUGUAGAAAUUCUGCACCCUGUGGGCAAGGUGAUGGCGGAUUUCCUCAUAGCUAUCAGCAGCCCCCGUGAGCGGUUGAACUGCUUUCUGGAAAAGCUGGCUCUGGACUCAGCUUUGAAGGCCAGAGAGGGUCAACGGGUCCUUGUCGAUUUGGGCCAACGGACUUUCCCUGGAACUAUAUGCUACAUUGGGAACCUAAGGAGCCCUUUGCCAUGUGGGCUGUGUCCCAUUUACGUUGGGGUGGAGUUGCAGGAGGACGGCGUUGGCAAAGGCCACUGUGACGGCACCUAUAACGGGAAAGAAUACUUCAAGUGCAAACCGGACUGUGGCCUCUUCCUGCCAUGUAACAAGCUGCAGUUUGUAGCAGCAUCUGAGGGCGAUGAGGCAAAGCAGGAGGGAAAGAUGGAGGCUGCGGAGGACAUUCCUGUAAAAGUGGGGGAAACCGUUGCUUUCUACGUGGAUGACGUCUGCACUCGCGGAGUAGCCAUGGCUGUGUACAAGGAGGGCAACAACUGGAUGGUUAAAGUAUGCCCGGAAGAAGAAGGGACGACAGAUGUUUUUAGGGAUAUCCCCAUGGACUCCGUGGUGAAGGAAGAGCUGCUUACAUCAGCGCUGGGGACCGACGCAGCCAGUGGGCCCUGGACCCCACGGAAACGUGAGAGAAGCGAGGAGCUGGAGGACGGAGAGGACCGGCCGCCCGCUCUUGACGUGAACUCCGUCGUGCAGAUUGACCUGGGCACAGGCAGUUGCAUCACCGGCACGAUCCGCUGGAUUGGCUACAUGUCGACAACACGGCAGAAGACGGCUGGGAUCGAACUGGAUGAAGAGAAGGGGGUCUGUGACGGGGAGUGGGAAGGAGUGCGCUACUUCACCUGUCCCCCGAAGCGGGGCCUUUUUGUCCACCUGGAGCUGUGCCAACCCGACAUGCGUUUCCAGUGCAACGACAGGGCUUUUCUGGAGUCUGCCGAGUUCGGUGGGCUGGACACACCGGAGGUUCAGAGCAACUCGCCUCCUCUCAGGGACGAUUUAGCAGUGCACGUGCUGCAGGGGCGAAUGCGGGGGAUCCAGGGCCAUUGCAACUCUUGCUAUAUGGAUGCUGCCCUCUUCAGCCUCUUCUCUUGCACGUCGGUGUUGGAUUCCAUGCUGUUCAAGCCCUCCCUCCCGCCUGACAGACACAUUCAGAGGAUUCUCCGGGAAAAGAUAGUCAACCCACUCAGACAGAAAGGCUUCGUCGCCGCAAGCAACGUGAUGAACCUUCGGCACCAGCUGACCGAGAAGGGCCAGUGUUCCAGCUUUGCGACUUCGGAGAAAGACCCGGAAGAGUUUCUGAAUCUCAUCAUGCAUCGCAUCCUUGGGAUCGAGCCCCUUCUGAAGCUUCAGUCGGGGAAGCUGAAAGAGCAGGAGUGCUUCUGCUACCAGAUCUUCAUGGACAAGCAGGAGGACUUGGUGGUGCCCAACGUCCAGCAGCUGGUGGAACAUUCCUUCCUCUCCUCUGACCUCAAGCUGGUGGAGAUUCCUUCCUGCUUCAUCAUCCAAAUGCCCCGUUUUGGAAAGGAGUACAAAAUGUUCAGCAAAAUCAUUCCCUCUUUGGAGCUGGAUAUCACCGACCUCCUCCUGGAUAGUCCCCGGGAGUGCUUUGUGUGCGGAGGUGUCGCCACCCAAGAAUGCUCGGCCUGCUUCAAGGACAAGAUGUUUGCGGACACGGGACUGAAGCAGUACUGCGAUUCCUGUUGCAGACAGGCUCAUUCUCAUUACCAGCGCAAGACGCACCAGCCCACCAAGUUGCGCGUCCCGGAGGAGUUCUGCAGGGGGGGCCCCCACGGGAGCGUACGAGUGCCUCGGGAGAAGAUGGAGCUCUUUGCUGUCCUUUGCAUCGAAACCAGCCACUAUGUCUCCUUUGUGAAAUACGGGCCGGAGAGAGAGCACUGGAUGUUCUUUGACAGCAUGGCGGACAGGCAUGGUGACGAGAGCGGCUUCAACAUCCCCACCGUGACGCUGUGCCCAGAGGUCGCCAAGUACCUGGAGAUGCCGGUGGCCGUCCUGGCCAUGGAGCAGCCCCGGGACAUGGAGGGUGUCGCCAAACGCCUGUUCUGCGACGCCUAUAUGUACAUGUACCAAAGCAAGAAAAUGGCACUCUAUAAGUGACUGAGGGGCCCAGCGGCGGCUCUCCCUGUCCGGAGCGGAGGCUUCCGUGGACUCAUCCUUCGAGGUUCUCCGCUGACGUUUCUCUCCCGCUGUUUGUAGAAUCCCCCUGCGGGGUGCAGAGUUCGUGGUGCUCUUCUGCUUUCGGCGGCUGGUUCUUCUGAUUGAUCUGGAGACGCGUAUGGGUCGGCGGGGGAGGGGGGCAAGAAUUUCUGUGCCUUGCCUUGAGUUCAACGAGUCGCUCCCAGAUGUUCUUCGGCAGGAGGGGAAACCUGACCUUUGCUUUGGGGUUCAGCUCAGGGAAACCGGAGCUCAGAGGGCGGCUCGGGGUACGAUGGGGGAGUGGGGGGAGCUUGCAGGGUGGUUUUUGUUCUCACUUGGGCCGGGUUCCGUGAAUCCAGAAGCAAACUCGGGGAGACGUGGGAAAUGUCCCCUGCUAGGACCUCAUCCUGCAAUAAAUUCCGGCUAGUUUGGACCGGGAAUCCCGAGAGGACCAACGACUGUGACUUUUCUGCGCACUUUGGCUUUUUUGUUGUUGUUUCGUCUCCGUGUCUUUGACGGUCCUGUAAACGUUGAUGGCACUUUAGUUUUUGAACGACCCCAAUUAUUUGGCGGCGCUUGCGGCUUUGGAUUGAGACCCGAUUCCUGACGGCGUGCGCUUUGAGCAAGCGUCCUUGUUGCAGUCGUCGUCGCGAUCGGGGGUGGCAUUCCAGCAGGCGCUCCUUUGCAUAUUUGGCCACACACCCCUGAUGCAGCCAAUCCUCCAAGAGCUUACAAGGCUCUUUUCGGUAAGCUCUUGAAGGACUGGCUGCAUCAGGGGUGUGUGGCCUAGUAUGCAAAAGAGCUCCUGCUAGAAUCCCACCCUUGGUUGCGAUGAUCCUAGGUCUGUGGGUGGGACGCCAUCGUCUCUGCCUCAGCCUGUUCUGCUCUUCCAGUUAAUUCCCCCCCGCCCUUGAACCUCUGGCCCCAAUCCCCUGUUCAUCGAGCAUCCUCGGGGCCUCUCUUGGACCUCCUUCACAACUUCUGCUGGUCCUCGUCGCCUCUGCCCUUUCCACAUUGGCAGCUGCCCUCCUCUCUUGGCACGUCCUAAGGAAAUGCUGUAUCCUGGACCGGGGUGGCCCGAGGCAUUAUGUGGAGUGUCUCUGGAAAGUGGGCUGACUUUACCCCCUUGGUUUGCUUAAGAUGAACAGCUGCGUUUGGUCAUUCCCCCCAUUGCCAACGGGAUUUAAUACACCAGUUCCUAGAAAUGCGUUCCGUUGGUUCCUGUAUCCCCUCCCACAAAUUCUAUGGAAAAUGUCUCGCAACUAAUUUCAUUCGCGAAGGCUGGAUCUUCCCUUUUGAUCUGCUGGACCGUUUCUUUAGUUUCCUUUUCUCUUAAUUUCUUUAGACUUGGUUCCCCCCCCCCCCCGCCAACACACACUUGAAUACUGCACACGUGGGGAUCGUUCCAAAAUAACCAAUUCCUUUUCAUCACAGGGAGAGAGGCUCUAAUCUGUUCUGUAUAGAGCUUACAAAGCAUGAGACAUCUUUGUCCAGAAAAUACUGUACAGAGCGGAGAGAGAAGCGCUUUGCACAAGAACGGGAGCCCCAAAUCUGUUGGCCGGGGCUAAUUUUAUCGCUUACUGGUCUGUGCCCAUGAAUGAAUUACAGGGAGUACUGGCCCGCUGCCGAAGACAGUUGAUUUUGGGGGAGAAGCGUGACCGGUGCAGAAGUCUAGCAGGCCUCACUGUAUUUACCUUGGGGUGUGUGCAUGACCUGCCCCAAAGAGGGAAGGAGCGGUGGCUACAGAUGCAAGCCGUUUUCUCCGGUGGAUAGAGCAGUUCUGGUAACAGACUCUAUUGCACUUAGUUAUGAGCUACGCCAAGCUGUCCAGCUGUGAGGAUUUUGCUUGCUUGGAUCGUUGUCAGCUGAUCCGAUGGGUUCCUCCGUUCUGUGCGAUGCUCGCCAUUUCUGUCGAUGGCAGUCGACGAGAAGCAGUUCUCUCUCCGCUCUCCCCAAAGUCGUUUACACUCUUGCUUUUUUUUCUUUAGCUGUUUAAUGUUCGCCUUAAACAAUCUCAGGGCAAAGGAAGAAUAUUUUUGUAUGCCAUGCUGUCAGUUCCGAAAUACGUCUUCCACUUGUCGA